GAGGCAGCCAGCCACGACAAGAUGAUCGCGCAGGUGGCCGCAGUGGGGGCACUGGUGGUGGCCGGGGAGACGCGCGAGCUGCCCCCCUACGCGCAUGUGCUGCUGCAGGAGCUGCUCGGGGAGAACAUGGGCAUCAAGGACGACCUGGUGGAGCUGGGCGACCCGGAUCGCGAGCUGGACUGCGGGGCCUGCUACCUCGUGGACGGGAACCACGCGAUACGGGCGGCGUGGUUCGCGGGCAACGGCAAGGAGCAGAGGAGGUCGGCGAAGCUGGCGCUAGCCGUAGGGCUGUUCACGGGCGCGGAUCUGGGCUCCCGCCGUCGCAUGUUGAAGCGCAACCCCCG